AUGUCCAAGUCGGAUACCUCCUAUGUGGAGGCCGAGAUGGGCAAGAGCGGAGACCAAGAACAUGUCGAGGAGAUUGCCCUGGCGCGGGUGACAGAGGAGGACCUAUGGAAGCUGUCUCAGGAUUCUCUGACCCUCAAGUCGUGGACCGGCUUCCGUCUGUUCCUCAUCAUGUUUGUCCAUGGCUGUAACCAAGCUGGAUUUGGAAUCGACUGGGGUGUCAUCAGUGGUAUUAAUGCUAUGCAAAGAUGGCACGACUACUUUGGUUUCGAGAACAGUGGUGGCACAUAUGGGUUGAUUAACGCCCUGAUGCAGAUCGGUACUGUCUGCGGAGCACCUUUCAUGGGUUUGGCGGACGUGUUUGGUCGUCGUGCAAUCAAUUUUGCCGGCAACGCCAUUGUCAUCGUCGGAGCUCUCCUGCAAGGCCUCGCUGUAAACCUGCCGAUGUUCAUGGCCGGUCGAUUCUUCUUGGGUUUUGGCUCUGCGCUCAUGUCAAGCUCUCAGUAUAUUGGUGAGAUCUCGCCUCUCCAUCUGCGUGGUCUCAUGGUCGGCUUCUUUGGCGCAUGCUUCCAAGUUGGUAGUCUUGCUAUGCUUGGUGCCAUGAUCGGACUCACCGAGUUGCCUGGCAAUAACGCAUGGCGUAUUCCUCUCAUUCUGGAAUGUUUAUUCCCCGCUAUUGUCUGUACAGGCAUCUACCUUCUGACCCCGGAGUCACCUCGUUAUUAUGUCUUGAAGGGCAAUCGCCAAAAGGCCAAGGAAGUCGUCGCCAAGUACCACACUACUAGCACCGACAUCAAUGAGCCCCUAGUCGAAAUUGUUGUGAAACAGAUUGAAGAAUCUCUCGAGGCCGAUACGACGGGCUACAGAUCCUCCUGGGACUAUCGGGUCUUCUUCACCAAGGUAGCCCGUUACCGUUUGCUGGUGUUAAUUUUGUACUCGCUCUUCCAGCAAUGGAAUGGAGGUGGUAUUAUCACGUACUAUAUGGCUCCUUCGCUGCAGCAGCUUGGCGUUACAGAUGAGAAGAGCAUUCUCGGUGUCAACAUUGGCACCACCGCAGUCUAUUUCGUCUUUACGGCCGUUGGCGCGAUGAUAGUCGACAGGUUCCGCAGACGAACCUUGAUCUUUAUCGGUCUUAUCAGCAUGAUUAUCUUCCAAACGGCUACCACAAUCACAGCAUGGCAGUACACUGUCCAUGCUACCCCUGGGAGCGGCGGCACUUUCUCGGCGACAUUUGUUGCAACCAUGCACAACCUGUAUCCGAUUGAAAUCCUCUCUCUACCACUCCGUGCCAAGGGAAUGGGUCUUUACGGUCUUAUCCAAGGUGCCGCGGGAGCCGUGCAAUCUUAUGGAAUUGGUGUCGGUAUUCAAAAGGUCGGGUAUAAGAUCUGGGUCGUGUACAUUGUGUACAACUCUAUCCAACUCCUCCUGUCGUACUUGUUCUUCCCGGAGACGAGUUCCCUGUCUCUAGAGGAGAUUAAUACCGUGUUUGAGACCCCGGGAGUUCACCCGGUGAAGAUGUCGUUGAAUAUUGAGAAGGCCAAGAAAGAGAGAGCAGCGGCCCGGGACGAGGAGGGGAAUGUUGAUCAAUAA